UACAAGUUCAAUUUACUGGUGAAGAAAAUCACGUAAUUUAAAAACUGUUUCAAACAACAAGCGGAUAUCGAACAGUCUGCAGUGCAUGGAUGAGAAGGGCAGCUAGUAUCCUAACAGACAAGCAGCAAGAAACAGUGUAAUCGUGAUGAGAAGAAUGAUGAAUGAUGGUGGGGGACAAGAAAACAAGCGAUGGUCGAAAAUCUAUUGUUCUCGCUUCUUGGCGGUCUUACUUGUGAUAUCCAUGAUCCACGUAGCGGCCAGUCAGAACAAGAGGCGUUUUCUUGAACAUGGUUGGAACAAGAUUCGAUCCUCAAUAUAUGCCCAGGCAACGGGAAAAACCAACACUCACUCGAGCAUGGUUUGUAAAACCACUGAAUGCAUUGAGGCAGCCAGUCAAAUCAAUAGUUCAAUAAACCUUGCCGUGGACCCUUGCGAUGACUUUUAUGAGUACGCUUGUGGGAGAUGGCCGAUAAACAAUCCUAUACCGCCAGGCUACUCAUACUAUUCUUUCACUAAAAUAGCCGAAUUGAAAGCAGAUAAAUAUAAAAGAAGGAUAUUAGAAACGGGAAAAAUAAGAGUCAACGGAGCAAGCAAUGAAGUACAGCAAAUGCCAUCAUAUCUGUACAAAUCGUGCAUGAACUUAACGGUCAUUGAUAAUCUUGGUGACGCACCUCUGAGGGAACGUAUUAGAGAACUUGGAGGUUGGGACAUGAGCGGAGACUGGGAUGAGAAUACGUGGGAUUUUAAUGAGACCCUUCUCUCUAUUCAUAAACUAGAAAGUGAAGGGCCUUUCUUCAAAGUGGGAAUCAUAUCAAACAAUUGUUGUCGUUCGCGGGCUUCCUGUGGUGACAAACCACGCUCCCCUCCCCUACACAUUUCCAGUCCUUUUUCGGCCAAAACCAAGAUGGCUGUCUAGUUAGUGAUGUUU